GAUAACUGGACAUCCGACACUUCGGAAAAGUUUCAACAUGCGACAGCAACACGCACAGUGAUGAUCAUUAAGGUGCACCUGAGGAUCGUUUAGUACACAGAGACACAUCGCUGAACGGCUGAAGAUUGUUACAUGCAACAAACAAGAUGAGUGGCGUACAGAAUGAAGCAUUUUUAACCGAAAUGCAGGACGGUACGACGCUUACAAAACGCAAAUCGAACGGAGUCAUGACAGUGGUGGAGGGAGUACCAUCAAUAUCGUACGACCACGAUGAGACAGCUCCUGUCGAUGGGCAGAUGGCAAGAACUGGCCAGGGACAAUCGACCGAUAAACUUUACGACAGACUUGCCGGGGCCAUUGAGCGUCACAGGAAACAUAUCGAGUUGGGCAUCUAUAUUGUACUUAAUGUCGUUGUGAUAGUGUUCUUCGGUUUCGCUACCAAUUACUACCUCGAGUACGAGGAAGAUGAUUGUGGUAUGCAGUGGUGCGAUGGUUACGGUAUGCUGGUACUACUCGUCGGUUUCGUCUAUUUGGGACUGCUGUACUAUUACCUGAUGAAACCAUUGUUGGGACGUCACUUUAAACAGUACCUAGUUGAACCAGCUACUAGAAUUAUAACCCACAUCUCUAAACCCUGGUAUAUUCGACUGGCAGCCGUAUGUCUGGUGUUGGUUGGUUUUGGUUUGUUCGUGUACUUCGAAACCCGCAACCAAACCGAACGACUCAUAUCACUAUCGGGCAUGGCAUUCCUGCUAGUGAUCUCGUUCUUCCUAUCGAAGCACCCGACCAGAAUAAACUACCGGCCCGUCGUACUCGGUGUGAUCUUUCAAUUUCUGCUCGGACUGUUCUGUAUCCGGUGGGAGGUGGGUCGUAGCAUAUUUACCUGCGUCGGCAAUAAGGUAGCCACCUUCCUGAACUACACCCGCGCCGGUGCUUCGUUCGUGUACGGGAUGGUUCUGGUCGGUGACGGUGAGAACGAGUACGCGAUCUUUGCGUUCUCCGUACUGUCUGUGAUAUACUUCUUCAGCUUCUGCAUCUCCAUCCUGUACUAUCUCGGCGCCAUGCAGUGGGUAGUGCUGAAGCUCGGCUGGAUACUACAAUCGAUCCUUGGUACGACCGUGUGCGAAAGUGUGAUCGCCGCGGCUAACAUUUUCCUGGGCAUGAGUGAGUCACCGUUGCUGAUUCGACCGUACCUGAAGGAUCUAACAUACUCGGAGAUACACUCGAUCAUGACGUCCGGCUAUGCGACCGUUUCGGGCACGGUACUGGCAGCAUACAUUUCCUUCGGUGCAAAUCCGGCCCAUUUAGUUACGGCCAGCGUAAUGGCGGCACCGGGUGCACUUUGUUUCGCUAAAAUGAUCUACCCGGAAACGGAGGAAAGCAAAACGCGUUCGGAUAAUAUACAGAUGGAGGAAGCAACUGAUUCUUCCAUGCUGGAUGCGGCUAGUAAUGGUGCCAGUGCAGCGACACCAAUCGUCCUGGGCAUUAUAGCGAAUCUGAUAGCGUUCGUAUCGUUUAUUGCGUUCCUGAAUGGAUUGCUCGCAUGGUUUGGAUGGCGCGUUGGGUGGGAGGACGUUUCGUUGGAAAACAUUUUCGGUGCCAUAUUUCGUCCACUCGCAUUCGUGAUGGGUGUUCCAUGGGAUGAUAGCUACUACAUCGGUAAGGUGAUCGGUAUCAAGAUGAUCGUGAACGAGUUCGUAGCAUUUCAACGACUUGGAGAUUUUAUAACGGAGCAAGUGAUUUCGCCCCGAUCGGCUGCGAUCGCAACGUAUGCAGUGUGUGGUUUUGCGAAUCCUAGCUCCAUGGGGAUCAUGAUCGGUACGCUCAGUGCCAUGGUGCCUAACAAGCGCAACGUCAUUACAUCGGUGGCGUUCCGUGCAUUCUUGACAGGAUCAAUCGUAUGUUUCAUGACGGCCAGCAUCGGUGGGCUGCUGAUGGAUGAUACGAUUUUUAACAACUUUGGCAAGAUGGGUUCGCUUGACGAAUCGAUCGUGCUGAACAGGACGGUGCCAAUUUUAACUCACUAGUGUCGAUUAAGUUAGGUGGAUCAGUGGAUCACAAAUAAAACAAAAAUGUUUUGUCAUUAAUAAACCAAAUGUUAGUAGCUGUCUUCAGUAUUAAACAUAGCUAUGUUGUCUUACCUAUCUUACUGUUUUAGUUACUUAUCGCUUCAAGUUCUGGGCCCGCUACAAGAGUCCUCUAAACCAUUCACGGUCGAGCUACAAAUCCUUUCCAUUCUUGAACAUUAAUAAUUAUAUUUGCUUAUUAUUUAUUUGUAUUAGGAGCAAUGUGCAAUGAUUGUAAGCACUAUCAGAAUUGCCCUAAACGAUGGUACCCAAUAACUAGACUUGCAAACAAUAAACAAACUGACAAGAUACUACCAAUACAA